AUGUCCGAUUACGAAUCUGAGGGAAAAUCCUUCCAACGGCUAGAAUGGAUCGCUGACGUACUCACAGCCUCCAUUCACCAAGCUUCGGUGGGUGACAAAGACGCAAUCAUCAAAAUUGUCAAACGGUGCCCUCCACCAGAGAAAUCUGCAGGAGAUAUGUGCACCCAAACUGACAAACCAAAACGGCCAUACCAGGCUAAACCAAAACCUCAAAAUUCCCCAGUGGAAGAAGAGCACAUCAUGGCACAAUACGCCAAAAAUCGAGCCAAGACUUUUUGCAAAAUUACCAAAAAAGAGUCGAAGCAAUGCGAGAUUCCAAUCGCAAUUCUUGAAGAACACUUCAAGAAAACCACCACAGAAACUAAUGUUUCGAAAGAGACGCUGAACGAAAUGAGCUCAGAAGUUCCUGAAACAAUUAUCGACUUGUCCAUAAUUGGGGAAUUCACACCAUCUGAAAUCAAAUCAGCCCUCAAAGUCACCAAAGACACCAAACCUGGUGUCGACGGGGUUCACUACCAUCACCUAAAAUGGUUCGAUCCCGACAACACACUUCUCUGUAAGAUCUUCAACGCUUGCAAAGAACACAGAAAAAUUCCAGAACACUGGAAAGAGGCCGAAACUAUUCUCCUCUACAAAGGGUCCAACUCAGAUCCAAAUAAGCCUGACAACUGGCGCCCAAUCAGCCUCAUGCCGACCAUCUACAAGCUAUACAGCAGCUUGUGGAAUCGUCGAAUUAGAGCGGUAAAAGGCAUCAUGAGUAAAUGCCAACGUGGCUUCCAAGAACGAGACGGGAGCAACGAAAGCAUCGGCAUCCUCAGAACUGCCAUUGACGCGGCUAAAGGAACUGGAGGAAACCUGAGCAUCGCCUGGUUAGACCUAACCAACGCAUUCGGCUCAGUCCCCCACGAACUGAUCCGCCACACUCUGAGAGCUUUCGGAUUCCCCCCUGAGCUCGAGGAAAUCAUCUCGGACAUGUACGAUGGAGCUUGUAUCCGGGUACGAAACAAAACCGAAACCACCAACCCAAUCCUGAUAAAAUCGGGAGUCAAACAAGGAGACCCAAUUUCACCAACACUAUUCAAUAUGUGUUUGGAAUUGGUUAUCCGAAGACACCUCCAAAAGGCAAAAGGUCACCGAUGUCUCAAAACAAACAUCAAGGCCCUCGCCUUCGCGGACGACAUGGCUAUCCUAGCCAAUAGUCCAACCCAACUUCAAGCUGAGCUUGAAAACUUGGAUAAAGAUUGCACCAGCCUCAAUCUGAUAUUCAAACCCACCAAAUGUGCCAGUCUCACAAUCUCUGAAGGAAAACUGAGAACACGACCUCUUUUCAUUAAAGGUCAACAAAUCAGAACCCUCGACGAGACUGGAACAUACAAAUACCUCGGUGUAGAAACCGGAAACCUGAACCGCACCUCCGAAAUGGAGCUCCUUUCCAGUACUCUAAAAGACCUGGAAUACGUCAUAACCAGCUCACUUGCACCUUGGCAAAAGCUGGACUGUGUUAAAUGUUUCAUACUACCAAAACUCACAUAUAUGUAUGCAAACGCGACACCAAAACUGAGUGAACUUCGAGAAUUCAGUAACAUGGUGAUGAAAGCAAUCAAAACAAUACACAGUAUACCAAUCAGAGGCUCACCCCUCGAAUACAUCCAAAUCCCCAUAUCCAAAGGUGGGCUUGGAGUACUCUGCCCAAGACUGACCGCCCUCAUCGGUUUCCUAGUUUCCACUACGAAAAAGAUUUGGGCUAAGGAUCCAUACAUCCGAAAAAUCUACGCAGACCUCCUACAAGAGGUAGCCGAAAAAGAGACGGGUAAAUUUGAUAUGACACCCGAACAACUCGCCGACUACCUCAACAACAAAAUCCAACUAAACAAGAAAGCUUUCGGAUUUAAUGUAUUCACCAGAGUACGUGACAUCCUGAAAUCCCUUUCAAAGCUCAAAGACUCACCACUCCACCUUUUGGAGUUCACCACAGUCGAUAAAAGCUUGGCUCUUAAAAUCCAAGCAACACCAGACAGCGAACCAGUUAUCAUAACUGAAGACAAAAUUGGAAAACUUCAAGAAACGCUGAAAGGCAAAGUAAUUGAAGCACAUCUCCACAGAUUCCUAACGGAAAAAGAUGUGAAAAGCAAAGUUGUCCAAGUUAUACAACAGGAUCGCCAAAGCAACUCAUUUGUGAGAACCGGAGGAAAAGUAAGCAUAUCCGCCCACAAAUUUGUUCACAGAGCAAGACUCAACUUAUUGACUUGCAACUACAACACAUAUGACUCCAAACAUCCGAAAGGAUGCAGAAGAUGUCCCGCUGAAAAAGAAACACAGGCGCACAUUCUUCAGUCAUGUGACUCCUCCCUCGGCAGAGGCAUCACCGAGCGACACAACUGCGUACUUUACCAUGUAAAGGAAGCAAUCGAGAAAGGUUCCAAAAAACAAUGGAAACUGAAAAUCGAUAAAAGAGCCGGUGCCGGUCAAGACCGCCCCGACAUCCAGAUGGAAUCUCCAGAUGGAAAACACAUAAUUCUGGCUGAUGUCAGAAUCACAUACGAGAACGGCCUGAAACCGCUUGAAAACGCGUGGAAGGACAAAAUCGAAAAAUACCAACACCUGGUCGACUACUACGCCCGAUUCGGCAAAAAGACCACGAUUCUUCCACUUGUGGUUGGAUCACUGGGAACUUGGUACAAACCAACAACAGACACACUAGUAGAGUUGGGUCUCGGCAGAGGCACAAUUCGAAGUCUCAAACCAGAACUACUCUCCAAAGUUCUGGAACACAGUAAAAAUAUUUACUGGCAACACAUAUUCGGCGACAAAUACGUCGAAUCCAAAAACCCAUUCGCGCCCGAAAAACCAAAAGGGGCCGCAUGGAAAACACCAAAACCAGCUCAACUUGAGCUGAAAAACUAA